GAAGUCAUCCUGAAGCUCGUGGAGGGAGGUCGGUCAGGAGGUCUUCUCGGUCUCUUUUCUCUUGCUAAACCAAGCUAGGAGCCCGGAGGGGGCUCAUUGGUCCUUCUUGCUGCCUAUAGCGGGAAUGGUGGAAGCCAGCCUGGGAACAGAAGGGAGGUGUGGACCAGGCCGGACCCAGUGAGGGGGAUGGAAUGAAGAAGGAUGGCGGGAAUGUGGCUGGACCGAGGAAACGGAUAAACUAAAAAAAGAGUGGGGUCUGGGGAAAACUGUGCCACAGAGACUCUGAGCCGGCUGGAAUAAGGAGGUGAUUGGCUCUGUGGGAGUCCGGAAUCUGAAUCUAAAGACUAGUCUACAGAGAUGGUUGACUCCACCAAGGUGUUACGACUUUUUAAAGCCUUGCAUAGGACUAGACAACAAGUUUUUAAAAAUGAUAUCAGAGCACUAGAAGCAUCAAGAAAAAAGAUAAAUGAAGAAUUCAAGAAUCAUAAAAAUGAGACUUUACCUGAGAAAAUAGAAGAGUUGAUCAAGAUAGGUUCUGAUGUUGAAUUAAUACUCAGAAAAUCUGUUAUACAAGGUAUUCACACAGAACACAACACUUUGAAAUUAAUUCCUAGGAAAGAACUCCUUACAGAAAAUAAACCUUCCUGUAAUAUACCUACCCAGAAGCCAUGAAUCUUAAGUAAAGUUACUGAAAAAAUGACACACUUUAUGCCUACAGACAACAACAAUUAGAAUGUGCAUCUUGAAUACACUUUAUACUGGUAGGGCACUGGGAAAAGCUAAUUGUACAAAAGAAACAUGUGUAUUUUAACUACAUUUUACAUUGGAAGGACAUCACUGAGUAAAGCUCAUUGUGGUUGAAUGUUUCUGAAGAAUAUUUCAUAAUAUUUCAUUUUUAUUGAAAAUCAAUCCAUGUUUUUCCAAAGAUAAGUUAUGCUAAGAUAUAUCAUAUACAUGUUUCUUGUGAAUUUGUUUUGUAUUCUUUUGAUUUUACCAUGACUAAUUGAGAAGGAAAUGUUUUAACAAAUUGACUCAUUUUCCAUUAAAUUCUAGCCUAAAAUGUGUACCUUCAAAGUGUUCAAUAGAAUCAAAAAUGUUAGUGUUCUGGCACAUUUACUGUUUCAUUCAUUAAAAUCAAAAGGAAAGGG